CUGCCCACAAUCAUCACUGCAUUCUGAGAUCCAAAGUCCAGAUAAGUGUGAGCAAGGAAAGAGCCUCACUUGAUCCCCGUGGCAAACGUCUUUUCUCCUGCUUAUCUAAGCGGGGCAUUUGGACCCCCUUGGCCCAGUGUGUUCCCAGCUUUGAGGCGCCAGCUGUGUUCCUGACCCCUGAAUAAAUCAGGGCCACACAGAGGGCUCUGGGACACAUUUCCUGUCACAGCCUAAGGAAAGCAGUUGGUCAAGGGAGUGUUGUGGGGGACUUUUCAGCUGUUGGAGGAUGAGGGUUCAGGAGAGGCGAGGGGAGGGCACACAUGGUGGUAGAAAGGGCUGUAGAGGGCGGUGACUCUAGAGAAAGCUCCCUGCCCUCCAGCAAACCAGAGGACUUGGGAACAGCUGUGUGCUGAGUCUCCAGGAUGAGGCCAGCGCUUGCCCUGUGCCUCCUCUGUCCUGCGUUCUGGCCUCGGCCAGGGAAUGGGGAGCAUCCCACGGCCGACCGCGCAGCUUGUUCGGCCUCGGGGGCUUGCUACAGCCUUCACCACGCUACCUUCAAGAGAAGGGCGGCGGAGGAGGCCUGCAGCCUACGGGGCGGGACUCUCAGCACCGUGCACUCCGGCUCGGAGUUGCAAGCUGUGCUCCUGCUCUUGCGUGCAGGUCCCGGGCCGGGCGGAGGAUCCAAAGACCUUCUGUUCUGGGUGGCUCUGGAGCGCAGCAUUUCACAGUGCACCCAGGAGAAGGAGCCUUUGAGGGGUUUCUCCUGGUUGCACCCGGACUCAGAAGACUCGGAGGACAGCACACUACCGUGGGUGGAGGAACCACAACGUUCCUGCACUGUAAGGAAGUGCGCUGCGCUCCAGGCCACCAGGGGAGUGGAGCCUGCUGGUUGGAAGGAGAUGCGCUGUCAUCUGCGCGCUGAUGGCUACCUAUGCAAGUACCAGUUUGAGGUUCUUUGCCCUGCGCCUCGCCCGGGUGCCGCCUCUAACUUGAGUUUCCAAGCUCCCUUCCGACUGAGCAGCUCCGCGCUGGACUUCAGCCCUCCUGGGACCGAGGUGAGUGCGAUGUGUCCUGGGGACUUCUCCGUCUCGUCCACCUGCAUCCAGGAAGAGACAAGCGCACACUGGGACGGGCUUUUCCCAGGGACAGUGCUCUGCCCCUGUUCUGGGAGGUACCUCCUUGCUGGCAAGUGUGUGGAGCUCCCUGACUGUCUAGAUCAUUUGGGAGACUUCACCUGCGAAUGUGCAGUGGGCUUUGAGCUGGGGAAGGACGGACGCUCUUGUGAGCCCAAAGUGGAAGAACAGCUAACCCUCCAGGGGACCAAAUUGCCCACCAGGAAUGUAUCAGCCACUCCAGCAGGUCCUGUGACAAACAGAGCACGGCCAGGUCAGAUGCCAGGAGAGAUGCCCCAGGUCACUGAGAUUCUUCAGUGGGGAACACAGAGUACUUUACCUACUGUUCAAAAGACCCCACAAACCAAGCCAAAAGUCAUGGUCACACCAUCAGGAAGCUUGAUCCCCACACUGAACUACACAUCUUCGCCCCCUGUUUCUCUGACUUUCGACACCUCCUCCUCGGUGGUCUUCAUACUUGUGAGCAUAGCAGUAAUAGCUUUGGUCAUCUUGACCAUGACAGUGCUGGGGCUUUUCAAACUCUGCUUCCACAAAAGCCGUUCCUGUUCCUCCAGGACAGGGAAGGGAGCUUUGGACUCGCGGGGCGUGGAACGUGAUGCUGAGGCCACCUCUUUGCACCACAAUUCUGCACAAUGCACUGACACUGGAGUGAAGAGCGGCACUGUGGCCUGAAGGGCUGAGCUGAGGGUUCUUCACUGGCUGGGAGCACUCUUGGAUUGGGACACUUAGGGAAACACCUCAAUGCUCACAUCUUAUGUAGACUUUUUCAGCUCCAACAAUUGGGGAAAGAAGAAAAUUUGCAAUGAUUACUGUGGAAGUCCUCCUUCCCAUAAAUUUUAUUUUGAGUUAAAUCUGAAAGAGAUACUUGUUCCCUGAAAGGGGAAAAAGUGGAAGCUGUGGGCUGGCACUGGAAGACAGGGUAGAAAAUGUCGGAAGACAUUUUCCUGUGCUCUGGGGGGAAUUUGGAGAAAUGCUUGAAUAUUUCCAGUACUGGGAACAAAUAAAUAACACUAUAAUUU